AUGAGUACGAAUGCUGAAUCAUCUACAUUAUUAGACCAAGAUAGAAUACAGAAUUUUCUCAACAGUGAUGGAAGUUUAGACGUAUUAUUAAAUAGACUUAAACAAAGUAUAACUACUGGAGAGGAAUUCUCUAAGUUUGUUAAAAAGAAAGCAGUAAUUGAAGAUGAACACUACAAUCAAUUAAAGAAAUUUGCUUCUCAUACAAGAACUACUAUGAAAGGUUCAACUAAAUUGAAAAAUGAUUCGUUUAGUAGCAAAUUGGACUCAAUUAUUGAAUUUGAUGAGAAAUUAUUCAAUGUAGGUAGUUCUUAUGUUAAGGCGUUGAAUGUGAUGUAUGAUGAAUUAACAUCCUUAAUUGGCACCGUCUCUAGAUCAAGAAAAACCAUAAAGGAUGAAAGUAAAAGAAAAGAAAAGGAAUGCCUGGAUUCCGUAAUGACAGCUGAAAAAGCAAAACAAAAAUACUACCACCUCUGUGAUGAUUUAGAGAAAUUGAAAGCAUCUGACCCGAAUAAGAAAUCUUUUUCGUUGAAGAACAAGUCAGCAGAACAGCAAGAAGAUGAUUUACAAAGAAAAGUAGACGCUGCUGAUCAAGAUUAUAAGCUGAGAGUUACUACUUGUAAAAAGUUGAAAGAUGAAAUCUUGAUGUUGCAUAGACCAGCUAGUUCCAAGAAGUUAAAAAACUUAAUUUUGGAAAUGGACAUUGCUAUGAAUGUUCAAUUGCAAAAAUAUGCAACAUGGAAUGAAAAUUUGAUCAUGAACUCAGGUGUUUUAAUUUCUCCCUUGAAGCAAGAAGGUUCAUCAAAAACUUCUAUGAAAGCAUUGGCAUCUGCUAUAGAUAAUGAAAAAGACUUAUACAAUUAUUUGAUUAAACAUGAAAAGCAGGCGUCCAAUAAAUCCCUCGUCCCAGUUGAAUAUCGAAUGCACCCAUCAAUAGCUAAAACACAGAAGCCCAGUAAACCUUUCUUAAACAACAGCAAUUCGACCAAUCAUACAAAUGUUGCUGCUGGUUUAAAUAAUUCUAACAACAGUCGCAAUGAUAGCAUAGCAAACAAUACCAAGCUGACAUCGAACAAUACUACCAACUCAUCAUUUUCACCUCCAUCAAAUAAAAUUGUCCAAGCUUCUAUGCUCAAUUCUGAUUCACAUGCCCAAACUGAAAGUGACGCAAGUAACCAGACAUAUAGUUCAUUGGAUCCCGCAAGCAACCCUAAUACCCCUGAUUUGAAUGGUCCAAGAUCACUAAGUUCACAGUUAAACCAAGCAUCACAGCCAACAUUUGGUGUUUCAAUUGAAAAUGUGAUUCAGUUUGCAGGCAUUGAUAAUGUUCCAUUAAUUGUCAAAAAAUGUAUUGAAGUAAUCGAGAAUUACGGUAUGGACAUCGAAGGAAUUUAUAGAACCAGUGGUAAUGUUACUACAGUUCAAAAUUUAAAAGAGUCUAUUGAUCAAAAAUUCACUAAUUAUUUGAUGAUUGGUAAUAAUAUCGAUCCAAAUAACGUGUUGGAUGCAGACAUAUAUUGUAUUGCAUCUUUAUUAAAGUGUUAUUUUACUAGUUUACCGGAGCCAUUAUUGACUAAAGAAUAUUAUCAGUCGUUCAUUGAAACAGUCAAAUCUUUGGAUGAAACAUAUAUCGCCAAAAAAUUACAUCAUUUGGUUUUCAAUUUACCCGACGGUGCCUAUUUUACAUUAAGAGCUUUAAUAUUCCAUUUAAAUAAAGUAGCAGCUGAUGAGGCUCCGAAUAGAAUGACAACAAAGAGUUUAGCCAUAAUAUGGGGACCAGCAUUGUUAAACGACAAUUCAAUGAGCCCUCAAGAUUUAAGUUAUAAGAGUAAAGUUGUUGAAGAGUUGAUGCUUAUUGCUAAUGAAAUUUUUGAUACAGAUGAUUAA